AUGGCAUCUUCAAAUACACCAGGUUACAAAUAUUUAAAGUUUUUUAAACCAGAACAUCAUAUUGAAAUUGCUGGUUUAUUAAAAGAAAGACCUAUUUUAAAAGAUAUUAUUACUCUUGUUCUUCAAAAUUCUGACUAUGUUAACAAUGGUUGGUUAAUUACAGAUGAAGGGUCUGAAUGGUUUAAUGUAAAAGAAUUAAUGUUUUUUAUAGGAAGAUAUUUUAAAAAUUAUCGUUCAAUGUAA